CGUGGCUCAGAGGCUGCAGUACCACGGCUCCAAGGGGGCCAUCCGCCUUCCUCUCCCUUCCCCUUUCUCUUUCUCCAGGCAGCAGUGGUGGCAGAGGCCUAUGACUUUGUUCCAGACUGGUCGGAGGUUCUCUAUCAGCAAGUGAUCCUGAAGGGCGACUUCAACUACCUGGAGGAGUACAAGCAGCAUGGCUUGCUCAAGGCGAGCACCUUUGAGGAUAUUGCCCAGAAGUUCAAGCAGCACGCAGCCAACGAGUCUGCCCUGAGAAACCUGAAGAAGCUGCUGACCUACUGUGAUGACAUUUAUGUGUAUUACAAGCUUGCCUACGACAACCAGUUCUACGAUGUUGUGAACAUGCUUUUAAAUGAUGCCCAGACAGGCUGCUGUCUGAAUGAUCUGCUGGCCAAUUAAGCUCACACUGGCUGGACGAAGCAGAAUGGCAACCCGUGCCCUCACAAACUUCAGUCAAGCCAGAAAAAAAAAAGUGCCCAAGAUAUAUAUUUUUAGAUGACAUCAGCUGCACAAAAUAUUGAGGAUUAUUAAUCUUGGGGUUGGUAUCAAAUAUAUUGACUUCUGAAGUCAGAAUGGAACGCAACCACCAUUGGAUUAUAAGAACCUCAUAUUGAAGACCAACUUCCUUGGCUGAAGCCAGAGAGUUUUGAAUUAACUUGUGGCCAAACAAAAAAAGAGAAAACCAUACCUGAAUUUGAUCUUGGAGUAUUUCAGAACUGUUUUUCCUUGAAUACCAGAAGACAAAUAGCUUUUGUUUCAGAUCUAACUUUGGACCUAUUAAAGCAGCCUUGCAAAUGUGGUGCUUUUUGGAUUUCAGUGACUGCUGAAUCUGGGAGUUGAAGUCCAGCCAGGGAGGAUGGUGUUGUGUACAUCACUUUCCAGGAACUUGCAAAGGUGGGCAACUCCACCUUGUGCUGGUGGCUUUGCACAUUGAUGUAUCAGCUCACAGAAUCAGAAAAUGUUGGUGUUCUGUUAAUUUGGAGUGUGGGAAAGCUGGAGGCUUCAGAAACUGCCAAGAGGAGGCUAAGCACAGGGCUAGUAGCCCAGGCAGAACUGCAGGCACGGCUGAAGGCUAGCAGUCAGGCUGGACAUCCCAUCCUCUUGCCCUAGGAGGCCAAGGCAAUGAAAGGUGGCCUGUUGCUUUCUCCCUUUCCUCCAGAACCACCAGGAUUGAUUCUGGAAGCUAUACCAAGGUUCUGGCUACCUAUUGAUUACUGAUCUAUUGAUUAUUGACCCACACUACCCUUAAAAAUCGUACACAUUGGCCACUUGCAUGUUAAGAAAGAUGACCAUGUUGGAUUAUCUCUUCUUUGAAGAAUAUUUCCAGUCACUGGCUGUUAACGGAGGGCAACAUCAGACGGGAGGUGUGUGUGCAAGGGGGGAAGGCGUGGCUAGAAGGGGAUGAGCUACACGAUCACUUAAGUGGGAUGAGAGAAGAGCAGCCUUCGCUGGCAAUUUGGUCCCUUGUCAGCAAUUGUUACUGCCUGUGGGAGAAGCACAAGCUGACCAAAGAUCUCAGUCCUCACAAUAGUGAUUUUAUUAAAUUAGUUGCUUUUAUAAAACAUUUGCAGAUGUCAUAAUUCUGAACAUAACAAUUUGCCCAACUAUUAUAACUGUUGCAGUUUGCUAAGCAGGAUUCCUAUGCAUGAAAAAACAGCCGUCUUGUGAGAGCCACCAAAAUCUGGUGACAAAGAAUUGUUCCAAAGAAUCAGCAGAGUGUAAACUGAACUGCUCAGACAAGGCUCCUCCCCCUCCCACUGCAAGAGAAACAGCCCAUUUGCCCCUUUCACACUUGGAAGUCAGGGAAAGUUAUAGCUACGUCACAAGUCCCUCAAGCCGCUGAAAAACCAAGUUCUAAUAGAGAGAAAAGCCAUUUUUAAUACUACUGCAAACCCAUGCAUUUGCUGCAAACUGCUUUUGUUUUCUGGGUAGAGUCUUGUAAAAAAGGUACAGUUAAGAUUGUUAUUACUAACUCUGCUGGUAAUAAUACAACUUCGGCCAUGUCAAAA